CGGACUAUGAAAAACCAUUGCAAGGUGUUCGUUAUUUAUAUUCCGAUGCAAAAGACUACCUGAAUAAAGAACGCCAGGAAACGCUUGUAGCUGCCUGUUUGCUUUGGAAAGAAAAGCAGUGACAUCUGAUUGCCAUGGCUGCUGUGGAUAGCUUCUCUCUCCUACUCAGAGAUAUUGGACGGACCUGCAAUUGUUACAUGGAGACAUUGGCUUUAAUUGGAGCCCUUUAUACAGCCAAGAUGUGCUUCACCUUUGUGAACGAUACUUACACCCUGGUCAGGUUGCAUUUCAUUCCUAGGUUGGUUAGGAAGGCUGAUCUAGUCAAGCUGUAUGGACAAUGGGCAGUUGUCACAGGUGGUACCUCAGGGAUCGGCAAGUACUACGCUAAAGAACUGGCGAGCCGCAAGGUUAACAUUAUCUUAGUUAGCCGGAACCAGGAGAAGCUAGAGGCCCUUGCCCGAGAGAUAGCCGAUACCUACGAGGUGGAGACUGCCAUCAUCGUGGUGGACUUCAACAAAGGCAGUGAGAUCUACCCUGCCCUCAAGAACGUCUUGGAGGACAAAGAGAUCGGUAUCUUAGUGAACAACGUUGGCGUGUUCUAUACUCACCCAGACUAUUUCGCCAAUCUGACCUGGGAUAAAAUUUGGGAGCUCAUCAAUGUCAAUAUUGGGGCAGCCACUAUGAUGGUACAUAUGGUCUUGCCAGGGAUGGUGGAGAGAAAGAAGGGGGCGAUCGUGAACAUUUCCUCGAUGUCUUGCUGCCAGCCAACCCCUCUGAUGACGGCAUAUUCCGCCUCCAAGGCCUACCUGGACCAUUUCAGCAGAGCGCUUCAUUAUGAAUAUGCUCCUCAAGGCAUCUUUGUCCAGAGCUUAAUUCCAUUCUUCAUUUCCACCAACAUGACAAAAUUCAGCAAGGAACUAACCCCCAAAAAUUUCUUAGUGCCUUCCGCUGAAGUGUAUGCACAUCACGCUGUGACCACUCUCGGGAUCUCCAGAAGGACCACCGGCUACUGGCUACAUACAAUCCUGUUUCUCUUGGGACAAUACAUACCAGAAUGGUUGUGGGCCUGGGGAACAUAUCGAAUGAACAACACUUUGCGCCUAGAAGCCACUUUGCAAGGACCACAUUAAGAAUGUACCCUGGAGGAAAGCCAACACCUAGAAGCCUGCUGUUAACUAUUGAUCCAGAACUCCACUCUCUGAGUGGGAUUCUCUCUCACCUGCUCAAGAAAUGAUAUCUGUCAUGAAGGUUUCAAAAGACUGCCAGUCCUGCUUUUAUUUUUGUUUUCAGGAUCCACUCUAAUUGAACAGGCAAGGGGUGAAGAAACCUGUUCAGAUCAGGUAGCCUGUUUUCAAGUUUUCAUUCUACAAUGUAAAGGCCUUCAGUUUCGGUUAAAUACUAACUGGUUCUUGUCCCAGUAUGGGUCAGAAGUGAAGAAACACUUUGGAAGCUGGAUGAAGGAAACUACAGAUGCUGCUUCAGGGAGUGUGUCUGUGAGAGUUGCAGGCCAUGGAAAGUUGUGUUGUGAAGAGCCUGUUCAGUACCAAAAUUCUGUCCAACCAUUUGAAUGUGGUGUACUAGAUUUAUUACUAUCCUGCAUUUCUUUGCAGAGAUUCUUAUGUUUUA